AUGACGGAUUUUAUUACCAAGGAACAAGCUGCGUAUCCCGAUAUCGCACAGCGUUAUCAACAGCUAAAGGAUCUCCAUGUUCGCAAACUUUACCAUGAACUCACUGGUGAACUCGAGGCCUUUGUGCGAGAUCCUGUAUGUCAUAAAUACCCACUUAAUUUGGUCAAGUUGUAUCAGGAUUUUAUCCACACUUUUCAGGAUAAACUGAAUCAAAUUCGACUUGUGGUGAUUUGCGCUGAAAUUAGUAAUCAAUUUGCAGAUCCAGCCAAGGCACAGGAAUUUAUGGAGCAAUUAUUGAGUCAAUUAAACACCAAGACUGCGCAUGAGGCCGUGCUGUUGUGUAAAAUGCAAGUUGCUGAGCUGAAAUUUCGACGUGGAAGCGACUUUUUUGCUCAAGUGAAGACAACAGUUGACGAUGAAAAGGAGGUGAUUGAGAGUCUUGUGGGAGCUGAACCUGUCGUACACGCGGCCUAUUAUCGCGUGGCUUGCAACUAUUAUGGAGCACUGGGUCCUGCUCACAAGUUUUACAAGAAUGCGCUCAUGUUUCUCGCCUAUACGCAGUACGAUGACAUGCGUCCUGAAGAACGCUUUGAUCUAGCUGUGAAUAUUAGCAUUGCUGCACUCACGGGUGACGGUGUUUUCAACUUUGGUGAAGUGUUGGCAACCCCGAUCCUUCGAGCUUUGGAAAACACGGACAAGCAGUGGCUCUCGGAUCUCUUGCAUGCGUUCAACAAAGGUGACAUUGAUCGAUUUAACGAGAUUGUAGGUCGUCACAGUAAGGAGUUUAACGCACAGCCGGCGUUAGUGACCAAGCAAGAAUACGUGAAGGAAAAGGUUGCUUUGUUGGCAUUAAUGGUGCUAGUGUUUCAGCGUCCAUCGCAUGAGCGCAACAUUCCUAUUCACGAGAUUGCCACGGCCACGCGCCUGCCACAGGAGCAAGUGGAGUGGCUUGUGAUGCGUGCUCUAUCGUGCAAGCUUAUCAAAGGUUCAAUUGACAAGGUGGAUGAUAUCGUACGGGUCACGUGGGUGCAACCUCGUGUGCUGGAUAACUCGCAGCUUCAGGAGCUCGUGACUCGCCUUGACGGGUGGGAGAAGAAGGUGAACUCGACUUUGUUGUAUGUGGAAGAACAGACACCUGAACUCUUCCAGUAG